AUGAUAAUCCGCGAAGAAGAAGAAGUUGAACCGCCGCACAAAAAGAAGAACCUUGCUCGGGUCCCGCCGUUUCUUGUUCAACCAUGUCAUACAUUUUCGUCACUUCCAGUGGAAAUCGCUGUGAAUUGCAUCGCACGCAUCUCUAUAUCAUAUUACCCUAAACUCUCACUCGUCUCCAAAGCAUUCCGCUCUAUCAUCUCUUCUCCGGAGCUCUACGCCGCGCGAUCUCAAACCGGAACCGCCGAGAUCUGCCUCUACACUUGUCUACGGUUUUCCACCAUACACUUCACGCCGCCAACUCGACGAUGGUUUAAACUCUGGAUGAGACCUAAACCAAACCUAACCGAUGGUAUCACUAUAGAGAAACCAUUUGGAAACAUCUUUGUUCCUUUUACAAAUGAUUCUCCACGUCCACCAUAUUCUAAAUCAACCGUAGCCAUCGGUUCGGAGAUCUUCUUGUUCGGUGGACCAACGGAAGGUGACUUUGAACCGUCUUCUGCUGUUCGUGUAUACGACUGUCGAAAUGCCACGUGGCGUAAUCUUCCGGACAUGAAGAUGGAGAGGUCAUAUGCGUCGUCGUGUGUCCUCGAUGACAAGAUAUAUGUGAUGGGAGGAUGUAGAGCUUGGUACGAGGACCAGAGCUGGUUCGAGAUGUUCGACAUGAAGACUCAGAGUUGGAAAACCCUACCGGCGCAUCCUGAACGUAACGUAAGAUUGGGACACACGGUUCGUAAAAUCGGUGUGGUUGAAGGGAACAUUUACGUGAAGACUGGCUCUCAAGAGCUUAAGGAUUGGAUCUACGAUGUGAAGGAGAGUAAAUGGAGCGUAGCAGAUUGGUCUUUGAGUGCACGGUGGUCGAAUUCUAGGUGCGUGGUAGAGAAUGUGAUGUAUUGUUAUAAUUCCUCUAGAUACGUGUGGUAUGAUUUAGAGGGUAAGGUGUGGAGAGAUGUGAAAGGUUUGGAAGAGUUGCGUAAGUACCGUAGUUUGUGUACUACUGGCUAUCCAAAUUGUGUGGUUGAGAUGGUUAACUAUGGUGGGAAACUCGCGAUUGUGUGGGAUAAGUUUGAGCGGGGUGGUCGUCAGACCAAGAACAUUUGGUGUGCCGUGGUUGAGUUGAAAAAAUGCCCCGGAGGCGUGGUUUGGGGGAAGACUGAGUGGUCCGGUAUUGUGGUUAAGGUCCCAAAGUCGUAUGACUUCUUGCGUUGUUUAGCCGUUUCGGUUUGA